GCUAACCUCAAAUUAUCAUGCGUUCGUUUCGUUGUCAAACCAAAACAUAUUAGAUUUGUUUUCCAUUUAGGUUUUAGUGUUCUUUUUCUAUUCUCGUAUUUUCUUCAGUCCCAAUCAUGGGCAAGUACGCUAAGGAACCGAAGAACCCAACCAAGUCCUGUAAGGCCAGGGGCUCCAAUUUAAGAGUUCAUUUUAAGAACACGAGAGAGACAGCCAAGACCAUUAAGAAAAUGCCUCUUCGUCGUGCUGUACAAUACUUGAAGAACGUUAAGGAUAAGAAAGAAUGUGUACCUUUCAGAAGGUUCAAUGGUGGUGUUGGUCGUUGUGCGCAAGCCAAACAGUGGGGCAUGACUCAGGGACGUUGGCCAGAGAAGUCUGCUGAAUUCUUGUUGCAACUCCUCAGAAAUGCUGAGUCCAAUGCAGACAUUAAGGGUCUGGACGUAGAUCGUUUGUUUGUUGAACACAUUCAAGUAAAUCGUGCUCCUUGUUUACGGAGACGUACUUACAGAGCCCACGGUCGUAUUAACCCUUACAUGAGCUCACCUUGUCACAUUGAAUUAAUACUUGCUGAAAAACAGAAGUUUGUUGCUAAAGUGCCCAAGGAUGAGGCUGAAAAGAAGAAAGUAUCCAAAAAGAAGUUGGCAAGACAGAAGGAAAAGUUGAUGCAUGAAUAGUUAUGGUUUAAUGUAUGACAAAUAUAAAAACAUUGAAAAUAAGAA